AUGACAGAUCAGCCCAUGUGCAUCGAAUAUAGCAACUAUACACUAGAGGACGCAUCCGGAUCCACAAUUUUCAAAAAUAUUACCUUGAGUAUUCCGUCAAACAAAGUCACUGCUAUCUUGGGGCUGGCUGGAAAUCCUAAACUUAAGCUGAUUGAAACACUAGCUGGAUAUUGCCGGCCAUCUUACAAAAGCUUUGGGCAUAUUUUUGUGGCCCAAAAAGGAAAAAUGGUUGAUCGAGAUGUCCAAGAUUGGUUUCAAAAGACUCAAUACAUUCGCGAACUCCAUCCACCCCGUUCUAACACUACCGCAUAUGAGCUUCUUCUUGCAGCUGCCAAAGGUCAUGAAAAAUCACCCAAGGAUGUAGAAACUCUUCUUACCAUGUUUAUGCUGCGGCAUAUCAAAAAAGUCCCUUUGCGCAAACUAGCCAAUCUCGACCAAAUAAAAACAGCCGCGGUUAUGGGGAUUCUUGCUGGAAAAGAGAUAACAAUCUGGGAAGACUUCUUCACUGGGCUAUCUCCAACUGCACUUGCCUUUAUUCUUUCUUCCAUCAAACAUACGAGCAAAACCGUAGUCAUAUCUCUUCAAAACCCUAAAACCGAGGUUGUGGAUAUUAUCGAUCAUGUUGUGGUUGUUCACCGACAGACAGUGGUUUACUCGGGGCCCGUUGAGGAAAUUGUCCCCUUCUUCGCCCAACAUGGCAUACCCUUCCCUAAAGACAUAUCUCCUAUUAGGUACCUCUACCAACUAUACGUUCCCAAAAACCGAACACCCGAAACUACCAAAGCCAUUACUGCCUUUAAUCAGCUAGCCCAAAGAAUCAGCCAGCAAGAUCGAGCUAAGCCAAGUCCGAUUCACCAGACUAAACUUCCCCUCUUUCAACCGGUUAGCUUCAAAAAGAUCGCCACUAUCUUCAAGCACUCCUUCUCCUUCAAUCCUUUCUUUAAGGGCAGUUCUAUUCUCAUCGAGCUUGUUCUGUACGCCACUAUCUUUCUCCUGCUUUUCUUCUACUUGCGCAACCAAGCCCCUAUCGGCCGCCUACGGGGUCUCGUGUGCAAUGAGCCAGCAAUUAUUCGCGCUCUACAGACCCACCAAAUAGACCCACCGGCUGAUUUGAAGGCCCUGCUUAAACAAUAUCCCAACUUUAAAUGGCUUGACUGCUACUCGGUCUAUUUGGUGGUGUUCACCACCACUGUUUUGCUAGUCGCUUUGAUUAUGCCAAUUAACAUGGCCAACCUAGAUUUCUAUCUACAUUGCAAGCGAGCCAUUGAAGAGAAACAGUUUGUGGCUCUUGAGUACAUAUUGGCCCUGCUAACUGAGAUUGUACUACGAAAGGUUGUUCUUCCUUUUCUCGCCUUUGGCUUUCUUUAUCGGCUAUCUAAUAGCCAGCUCACAUACUUGGCUAAAGUUGACCCCAGUCAUAGUUUUGGAGUUAGUCUUCUCUUCGUUUUUACGGUAAUUUCCCUAUUAAUCGGCACCUAUUCUCUACUUUUCUUCCUUCUGCCUUUAUCCUUCUUUCUACUGCCAAUCAUCAAAGUUGUAUUCUGCUGUUUGUUCUGUAUUAUCCCCUACAAGCUCUUUAUUGCCAAAGGCCCACUAAGUCUUCCAACUAUUAAUCUUUACACCAAUACAUUAGGACCCACCUGCCAUCAAAGCUUCAAUGACGCUCUUUCCUACAAGGGAGUUUUUGAAACGAUCACUAUCAAGGUUCUUUGGGUCCUCAAAUGGAUCUUCAAAUGCCAGCCCACUAUGCUUCCCACCGAGCUCAUCUCGAAAAUCAGUCUAUUCCGCAACUACACGCCCGUCUACAAUCCAUACCACCUUUUCCUAAUAGAGAAAUUAGUCAUUCUUCUUAUUGCGGCCCGCUCCAAGGCCGAUAGAGCCGUCUGCCGCGACCGAUUGCAAAAGUAUCUUCAGAACCCUGCCAUUCAUAUGCAGGCCUAUGAACUACUAACUAACACUCCUAUAACCAAAGCCACAUUCUUAACCAUAAUCAAAACAUUCCUUCUCUUCUUUGGCCCGCCCUGUUUGGUGGUUGGUUUAUUAUUUCCUUACUUUCAUCGCUACAUCACCCCCAAGCUUCGCUAA